AUGAAGACGAAGCUCGUGUGGCAGGCUCCUUCCGUUCGCUGCCUCCAUGAAGGGCAGGUUCUUUCCUUCUCAACUUGCGCUGCACCAACAUCCACCCUCGCACACCUCAUAUUUCACAUUUUCCCACGAAGCCCCCAGACUCAUACACAUCUCUCCUACUUCCACCCCGACUACCUGACAUUACCUACCUGGCCAUCUUUGUCGGCGCAUAGCACGCGUAGGCCCACGCAUCCUCAACUUGUCCUGAACUUUCGCUGGGCACGGCUGCCUCGCGGGCAAGCAACAGAGUUCAAUCUUCUGCCUGUUGCGUUGAGACUCAAGCCUGUCAACUCCAUCUAUCAUCCCCCGGGUCUCGGUAACAAGAUGGCCCAACCCCAUGAGAACGUCAUGUUUAACCCUUCUUCGCCUCACUCCUCUGUCGGCGCUGCCGAUUCCUUCAAGGGAACACCUGACACAAGGUUGACCGCCUUCUCCCCAGAGGAAAGCGCCACCAGGUCCUCUCGUCUUCUCAAAUCAAUUGUGCAAGCCUCGCCAGAGACCACUCCCUCGAGAUUUCCCUCGAGUGCCUUUGGCAAUGUCUUGUCUAGUGCCGAGAAGGACCCUUUCAUCACUACAAGUUCAAACACUUGCCAUCAGAAGCUGUCGCCGACUGCCUCUACUUUCCAGCCCUUCUCUUCACCGCUGGACAAGAACGCUGAAUUCGCAAUUCUCGACAGAGACAGGCAAUCAGCUUCCAGCGUCUUUCCAACUGGAGUUAGGGAUGUUGGUGAACUCUCGGAAUGUCUCAUAAUCGGCUCCAAAAACCGAAACAUUGGCAUCACCGAUCUGAAUACUUGUCUCGUGAAACUCCAGCGACUUGGUCUCUCACUCCAAGAACCGCGACAGAUCUUCCACAGGGGAGGGCGAAUCUCCGUCCAGUUCAGCGACAUUCGUGACGCCGUUUUGGUCCACGACAACGUUUAUCGAGUCGAGGCUGACUUUGAAAUCGACUAUCUGUCAAAUGUUGACUUUUCAGAGCUUGCCAUUAGGAACAGAGUCAAGUCUGGAGCUUGGGUCGCCAUUGUUGCCCUAGCUAUUCCUCCCUGUCCACUCGACGUUAUCCGCACCGAAGCAGUUCUCAAGCGCAUGCUGCAGUCGCGGGGCCAACUCUCGGCAUACCAUGCUCAGCAGAAGAAUGAUCCUUCGGUAUACAGAGCUAUCAUUCAGUUCAGUGACCAGGCAGAAGCUGCCACAGCCGUGGUUAUGUUCAACAACAUAAUUGUCGAAGUAAGCUCAUCGAGCGCUGGCAAACUACACGGGGACAACGUUGGAAGUGAGCUAAUCAUUUUCAAGGGGAUCCACAUCACCCUGUCGCUUUUGGACGAAAACGAGAUUCCUCAUGCGGCUCAAGAUCCCCAAGACGGCCCGACCGACGACCACAGCCCAACCACGCCUAGGCACGAUCUGACAAGUGCCCUUCAUGCACUUUCUCUCUCCAAUCAAGCUAAUUCGAUGCCUCUCAUGCCUCAGGGAGUGUCCAUACCCGUGCCUGGAUCUCCAUACCCCCCUCUCGGUAUCCAGGUUUCCCCUCUGGCGAUGUGGCCCAUCUUGUGCCAGCCGCAGUUUCAGCCAGGUACAGCAUACGUUCUGAAUGAUGGCCAGCGCCUCUCGCCGCCUACGUCUACAUCCGACUCAGCGAGGUAUCAGUUCACGAACCAUCUUUUCUCACAGCCUUCACCGAGCAUGCCAAUGAUGGGAUCGAUGUCUCCUGGCACCAGAGCCGAGCCCCGAAGGCAGAAUGCAGCCAGAGUCAACAGAUCACCCUAUUAUAAUGUUGCUAGCCACCACAACCACGUCGAUGUGAACCGCAUCCGUGAAGGAACAGAUGUUCGCACCACGAUCAUGCUUCGCAACAUUCCGAACAAAGUAGAUCAAGCAAUGCUCAAGCGGAUCGUUGAUGAAUCUAGCUGGGGCAAGUAUGACUUCAUGUAUCUCCGGAUUGAUUUCGCCAAUGACUGCAAGUCGCUAACCACGAAGGACUCCCUCAGUGUCGGAUACGCUUUUAUCAAUUUCGUGGAUCCGUUGGACAUCAUUGAUUUCGUCAAUACCAGAGGUAACCAGAGAUGGAACUGUUUCAAGAGCGACAAGGUCGCUGAAAUUUCCUAUGCUACCAUUCAGGGCAAGGAUUGUCUUGUCCAGAAGUUCAGAAACAGCUCCGUAAUGCUCGAAGCAACGCAUUAUCGUCCCAAGCUGUUCUACACUUGCAAUGGGCCCGUCCCAGAGCUCGCGGGAGAGGAGGAGUCUUUUCCAGAGCCAGACAACCAGUCGAAGAUGAAACGAAGCUGCGAAAAUGCAGAACACGUUGGGCUUUUCACACCCAACGCUGGACAGCAUUUCCGCGACGAGCAACGCCGCAGACGCUCGCAGUAUGACCGAGGUACCAGAUUGGCCGCCCUCGAAGAACAUGACUUCGAAGCAUCUAUGCAGCCAUACAUGUAUCAUGCUUAA